AUGGCCCGUGCAGACUGGGGCAAUAAAACAGCUACAGAAUUCAUCCUACUGGGAUUUGGGGAUAUCCCUGAGCUGCAAAUUCUUCUCUUUCUUCUUUUGUCAGUGAUCUACAUUGUGACCAUGGUAGGGAACAUCCUAAUCGUUACACUCAUUGUAACUGAUCAGCACCUGCACACUCCCAUGUACUUCUUCCUGGGGAACUUGUCCUGCUUGGAGACCUGCUACACCUGCACCAUCCUGCCCAGGCUGCUAGCCAGUCUCCUGACGGGGGACAGAACCAUUUCUGUCCAGCGCUGCCUUACACAAUAUUAUUUCUUUGGUUUAUUUGGAGCCACAGAAUGUUAUCUCUUAGCUGCAAUGUCUUAUGAUCGGUAUUUAGCAAUAUGUAAACCACUGUACUAUGGAGCCCGUAUGAAUGGCCGAUUCUGUGUCCUGCUAGCAGCUGGGUCUUGGAUAAAUGGGUUUUUGCCUAUUACCAUAACAACUUCUUUGAUGUCACAACUGACUUUCUGUGGCCCCGGUAAGAUUGAUCACUUCUUUUGUGACUUCAUCCCAGUGAUAGACCUCUCCUGCAGCGACACCCGCCUGAUAGAAUUUUUGGGUGUUGUCCUGUCGGGUGUAUGUUCACUGCCCCCAUCUCUACUGACUGUAACAUCUUACAUUUGUAUCAUCACCUCCAUCCUGAGAAUCCCUUCCACCACUGGGCAGCAAAAGGCCUUUUCCACCUGCUCCUCUCACCUCAUUGUGGUUACAACUUUCUAUGGGACCCUGAUCAUUGUUUAUCUCCUCCCCAAAACUAAGAUACUGCGAGACCUGAACAAAGUGUUCUCCGUCUUCUACACUGUCCUGACACCCCUGGUCAAUCCUCUCAUCUACAGCCUGAGGAACAAAGAGGUAAAAAAGGCCCUAAGAAAAGCAGUCAGUAAAUUUAUGGCUUUCACAAGAAUUUAG